CCGCUCCUCCUCUUCCUCUGUCGUCAUCAUCACCACGUCCCUCCUCUUCAUGUAAACGCCCCCUUUGUACCCCCUGUGUACACACAUCCCACUUCUCACCCUUAUUAUUCAUCUCAAUAUUUAUAUCCAUCCGCUCACCAGCGGGCUUGCCCCCCUGCCCCAGUGCGCCUCAGCCCCCAUCGUGACGCGGCCCGGAGACAAAGGAAGCCCUAGGGAGCGAAAAAGGUGCGAGUUUUUCUUUAACCCCCAGAUGCAAAGAAGGGACCCGGGAGAUAGGGAGAAAUAAGCGCCGCUCGGCCGGGGGGGGUCUUCUCUUUAACCGAGAGGAUUAGCAUCGGCUUGGCCACCUCUCAUCCCUCCUGUUGCCUGUAUGUAUUUACUGUCAGCCCCUACAACUAGCGAACACCCAGGCCCACACGGAGAGCAACACAAGGCAAGGAGGCUACGGACCCAGGACAACACGGCGCUGAAUGCAGAAGCACUGCAGUAUUCCCUAACAUUAGAGAAGACUUGUCCAGUGCAUAUGCGUUGACAUCUGAAUGAUAUUACUCUGCACCAGUUCGGCAGUGCAAAGACUAACAGGGAUGCCAAAAGAAAAAUAUGACCCUCCUGAUCCUCGCAGAAUUUAUACCAUCAUGUCAGCAGAGGAGGUGGCCAAUGGAAAAAAGUCACACUGGGACGAGUUGGAGAUUUCUGGUAGGGUGCGGAGCUUGAGUACGUCGCUGUGGACCUUGACGCACUUAACAGUGUUGCACCUCAGCGAUAAUAAUCUCUCUCGUAUUCCACCUGAUAUCGCCAAGCUCCAUAAUCUGGUUUAUCUGGACCUUUCAUCCAAUAAACUCAGAAGUUUACCAGCAGAGCUAGGGAACGUAGUGUCUCUCAGGGAAUUGCUUUUAAAUAACAAUCUGUUACGGGUUUUACCUUUUGAACUGGGGCGACUGUUCAGGCUUCAGACCUUGGGGUUGAAAGGCAAUCCUUUAUCACAGGACAUUCUUAGCCUGUACCAGGAACCAGACGGGAUGCGAAAGCUACUGAAUUACAUGCUUGACAAUCUAUCAGUUCAUCCAGAACAGCUUCCUCACAGGCCGUGGAUUACAUUAAAAGAACGAGACCAAAUUCUACCCUCCGUUUCCUUCACAGUAAUGUGCUACAAUGUGCUGUGUGAUAAAUAUGCUACCCGGCAGCUGUAUGGCUAUUGCCCAUCAUGGGCAUUAAACUGGGAGUAUCGAAAGAAAGGCAUCAUGGAUGAGAUUAUCAGUUGCGAUGCAGACAUCAUCAGUCUUCAGGAAGUUGAAACCGAGCAAUACUUCACUCUUUUUAUGCCAGCAUUAGAGGAACGUGGAUAUGAUGGAUUUUUCUCUCCAAAGUCACGUGCCAAAAUCAUGUCCGAUCAAGAGAAAAAGCACGUGGAUGGUUGUGCAAUAUUCUUCAGAACAGAAAAAUUCAGUCUAGUGCAAAAGCACACAGUGGAAUUUAAUCAGAUUGCAAUGGCAAACUCUGAGGGGUCCGAAGCUAUGCUGAACAGAGUGAUGACAAAGGACAACAUUGGUGUCUCUGUUUUGUUGGAGGUGCAUAAAGAUUUUUCUGGUGCUGGCAUGAAACCCCAUCACUCAUCGGAAAAACAGCUGCUUAUGGUGGCAAAUGCUCACAUGCACUGGGACCCUGAGUAUUCAGAUGUGAAGCUCAUCCAGACCAUGAUGUUUGUCUCUGAACUGAAAAGCAUUAUUGAGAAGGCAGCAUGUAGGCCAGGGAGUCCCACUCCAGAUCCUAAUUCCAUCCCCUUUGUGUUGUGUGCUGAUCUCAACUCUUUGCUAGAUUCAGGUGUGGUGGAGUAUCUGACAAAUGGAGGGGUAGCCGACAAUCACAAGGAUUUCAAAGAGCUCCGAUACAAUGAGUGUCUCACUAACUUCAACUGCAAUGGGAAGAAUGGGACCCCAGAUGGAAGAAUCACACAUGGCUUCCAGCUGAGGAGUGCCUAUGAAAACAACUUGAUGCCUUACACAAAUUACACCUUUGAUUUCAAAGGUGUUAUUGACUACAUCUUCUAUUCCAAGACACAUAUGGACGUUCUUGGCAUCCUGGGGCCUUUAGAUCCACAAUGGAUGAUGGAUAACAACAUCACUGGCUGCCCGCACCCCCACAUCCCUUCUGACCACUUCUCACUGUUAACGCAGCUGGAACUCCACCCUCCAUUACUGCCUAUCAUUAACGGGGUGCACUUGCCAAGCAGGAGGUAGUGCUGGCUUAGGGCUGAGCACCUGUUCUCAUGGACCUGUACAGCUGUUAAAAUGAGUCUGUAGGAGUGAAGUAUGGCCAACCUUAAGCUGCUUUCUCACAGCUACUUCCCUUCUGGCAAUGCAGUGAUUCUGCGUGUCAUGUCAGGGAGGAAAUAUUUUGGCAUUAGGGCUGGUACAGAAUCUGUCCUCCCUCCGCCCCUUUUGUGUUUGAUUCUUUUAAUGUGCUUACUGUUUUAUUUCCUAGCGCCCGUUCUCCUUGCAAACAACACAGCUUGCAAGAACUUCUAUGAAUGUGAUUUCCAAUUCAUUAUUUUUUUUUUUUCCUUUUCAUCUUUGAUUUGCUGAAUCCUGUGAAGGAUUACAUUAAACUACUUGGGCAAUAGAGAGCAUUUCAGGCCGCAGAAUCUCUCUAAUGUCCAAUCCAUUGAUGAACUUUCUUCCCUGUUCCCUUUUAGUUGCCGUUACCAUGUCAUACAAAUACAGGUCAUGUGAUAAUUGCUUUUAUUCCGUUCUUGAGAGUAGCCUAGGUUUUGUUUUUUUUUUUUGUUGCACGUACUCCCACGCAGUGUAUUUGACAGGAAAUGGUAAUGCAGAGGUUGAAUUAGACAGUAUCCUAUUUUGAGCUUUUUCAGUUACUUUUCCAUUUCCCAAGGAGACAUGGAGAGCCACAAUGUAUAGCAUUUCCAUGUGUCUCCUCUAAAUUACACAGCUGAUUUUACCCCUGUCUUACUCUUUCCCUCAUCAUUUGUGAGGUUCAUUUUCAUCCUUAAGAGACUUCACCUUCUAAAGCAGUCUGGCAUAAUGUUCCACUUGGCUGGGUAGAAUGAUUUCUGCAUUCUAUAGUUAUUUGAUGCUGAAGGCAGCUUGGAUUUGUAAUAGCAGCAACUAGUGGCAGAAUUUUGUCAUUGUCACACCACGCAUUCCAGUUUGCAUUAAUCCAGAAUAUUCACAUGUUGCUAAAUACAGUAUGGGAACUCGCAGUAUUUUUAAUACCAUUUUUUUUGUUUAUGUCCUCUGGCAAUGUAAGGCCAAACAAAGCUUGGGAGGCUAACCCCGUAACCAAAGAUACAAUUUUUGUAAACAAAGUGUAUAAACCAACAUGUCAUAAACACUUUUCCUUGACACUUUUCAUUGCAUUCAGACCUUUGCACUCUAAUUAAAACAACUUACAAAUUUUUUUUCCUCAGAGCCAAAUCACAUAUGAUGUAUGAUCACCAAAUAUUAUGGACGUUAGCGUAACAGUUGUUGGAAAGAGAAGGAAUGUAUGCUGGAAUUCUAGGUGCAUUCAAUUGAGAGAACUUAGAUUUUUAUCCAGAGGCGAAAGGUCUGUACCAUCUGCUAUAUCCCGCUACAGCAUAGCCCUUAUUUUAAAUGCCAACAAGCCUUUUUGUAGUAGUUUCCAUAAACUAGCCUAGGCCUAGUUCCUAAAGUUGGUGUUUGCAUAUGUUAUAUCCAUGCACAGAUCUAAAGUGAUUUUAAUGUUGCCAGAUCUUUAUUGCUUUUCACUCCCUGUUUUGAAUUAUAGGUUAGUGCAAGGUUGUAUUAAAAAAAAAAAUUAAAGCAGUUGCUGGGACGCCUGGUUAUGAAGGGGUUAAGCAGUUAUGGUGCUGUUUUCCCAUUUAUUAAGAACUGCACCAGCUAAAGGCCCUUAGAUGCAAAACUCUCUGUACUUCUUUGAUGUUCUGCUUUUUUUGCUGCUACAGGAUGUUUUUAUGAAAUCUAUAUAUAUUUAAUAUAUUUUGGGGGAUUUUUGUUGUAACUUUUUUUAAAGAAAACGUUUGCACUUUAUUGCUUCGUGCCUCACAGUGUCAAAACUUCUCAAAAGGAAAAGAUUAUUUUUCAAUCUGAGGCCAAUUCAUCUUGUCAUAGCUUGGGCAGGUCUUAUCUAGUAUGAUUUGUGACCUCUUUGGGGCUGAUGGGGAAAAAAAAAUUUGUCUACUAACAAGAUCUCUUUAUGGUAUAUAUUUGGGCAGCUCUGGAAGAUCCCUGGUGCCAUAUAUCUUAGAGAAUCUUGGUUUUCCCUAAACUUUUCCACCUUAAAUGCAGCUUAAAACACUACUAAGGAUUGUGUUCUCUAACUAUCCAAAUACCUAGUUUAUUUAAUUCGGAAGUUUAUUUGUAUGCGCCUCUUAAAUGUAGACCAAGGAAGUGAAAUUAAUUUUAGAUCUAGUCCUGAGAAAUGUAUAGUGGUAAAGCUAACACACCUACUAAAGUAACCAAGCUAGACAUGCCUCAAACCUGCAUCCCAGCAAGGCUCUUCCUUGAUAUACAGAGAGCUUAGACAGUUCCCAGUUUAGUUCAUGAUGUCCUGGAACAGGGCCAUUCCAAAAUUGCUGACAUAUCUAGCUAUGUCCUGCAGAAUUGUAUUGCCCCUUAAAACUUCUAACACACAAUACUGUAGCAAAUAAGUCCAGACUUUGUUUUGCUAAUACAAUCAAUGGUGAAAUGACUUUGCCACGAAAAAAUGGUACUUGUACCUUUUAGCUCCUGGGUGGAAUAAAAUGGCAGCUAUAACAUUUGAUAAAAUCUUUUCUUUAUUUGGCCUUCGUGAAAUCUCUUAAGGCUUUUUAGCUUUUAAUAGUAUAACCCCCUCCCCCCCAAAACAGUAUUUGCCUUUUGAGAAAAUUGCACAUGUGAGCAUUGCUUGUACUGUAGAUAUAAUUGGCUAUAUUUGUUGCUUUUUAACCCCUUCACCACCAGCAGUCCACAACUAAUUCAUAUGAUCCUUAAAAUACUAAAGGGAAGAAUCAUGUAGCAUUGACUUUUAUUUCUUUUUUUUGCUCUUGCUCUCUGGUAGGUCCAGCGGCACAUUUAUCUACCCUGUUGUUUAAUUCAGUUAAUUUCUUUGAAAAUCUAAGUUUGUUAUUCCUUUUAAAGCUGGUAAUCUUGCAUACAUAGAGAUGAUGUGAAAUAAAACUUCCUUUUUAUAUUGACGUGAAUGAAUUGAUGAACGCUAUAGUGGUCAUACCUCAUGAGAUUAAAUAGUAUUUUUUUAAGAAAUUAAUUGUUUGUUGUAUAAAGAGGGGAAAAGUCAGUUUGUGACAUGUCUGGGACCUGUUUAGUUUUUUCCUUCCCUGGUUGUUCUGCUUGAAUGUAUAGGGAUUUAUCUUCACAAAUAUAUACCAGUAAGCCAACAGUACAAAUUGAAUCAAAACAGUGAAAAGAUUUUUUUUUUUUGCUUUGUGUCGACCUUUUAUCUUUAUGAAUCUGUGCCAUAUGCAUGAUGCAACAGUACCUUUGCCAAGAACCAUACUAGAGAAAUGAAUGGUCCUUAGGUGCAGGUUUAACUCAUUUCAUGCUACUUGCACAGACCAUACUCCAGUCACUGUUAAAGGAGCACUACUGCUAAACUGCAACUUGCGCUUGUAUGAAAUUUCAUUGGUGUUAUGAAGAAUAGAGGGAAACUAACCGAAGAAGAAACUACAAUUUAACCGCAAGAUGUUGUUUAGUAUUUGUGCUGUUUUAAAAAAAACAAAAACUUUCAUUUGUUCUUUCUUUAUUGCGCUUGGUUUUGCAUCCAAAAUAUUUGCACAGGCUUGUUUGUUUUGAAAAUCAAUAAUGCCUAAAUUUUUUUCUAGUGAUAUUUUCCAUACAAAGAUUAAAAUAAAGCUGAUUUUUUUUUUUUUUUAACUCCUCCUCCCAAACUUUGUUUAGUGUCCCUGUAAUCUUCUAUGUUGGCAACAAACGUUUGCUUCAAAGACUUCAUGCACUCAAUUGCAUUGUAGAACUUCCAUAUGGCAUCCUUUUUAUUGUGAGAAGUCCAUUAAUGUCUAAUAUUUCCAAGUACGUAAGCGGAUAAUAUUGGACGGUGGUUGGAAAGCUUUUGUGUCUUUCCCCUUUCACCUGUACAGUUGAGACUUCAAAGAGCCAGUUUCUCUAUUUCAAAGCAAAUCUAAAGGCAUCCAAUGAAAUCAGGAUGGGAUUUAAAGGGACAUUUCCAUACUAAUGCCUAUUACGUUGUAAUGUCAUGUUUCCAAGGGAUUACAUAAUGAAAUGUGAACCUAACUGAAAGACAUACAAAUUAUUCAAAGGAAGACUGCAAUAUAUAUUUUGUCAAGCGAACAGGUUUGGAAAUGUUUGUAGUUGUGUGAUAUUUGCUGUCCUGCGGCUGCCUCAGGGCCAGACUUCUUACUGGAAUAAGGUAUUCAAAUGUUUCUCACAUGUUUUUGUUUCACAAUUAUCUGGUGUCAAGUUUUUAACCAGCAGCACUGCCGAAGGAAGCAGAUCAAUAAAAUUAAAAAAAAAAAAAAAAAAGUAAAAUCCUGGCCCUAUUCAAGGGUGGUGAUUUUUUUUAAUGAAAGUGAUUUUAUGUAAUAAAAGAAACUGUAUGAGAUAGCUAUUUUCUAUUUCUGUGUGUAUUAAACUGGUGAAAAAAAAAAUUGUCAAUUCUCUAACAACGUAUAUUCUUGACUGGCACAAAAUCUUGCGAUAUGUCCACAUUUUUAUACACAUGACAUAACCUCUUUCUCUCCAUGAGCAAGUAAUUUACCUUUAAAGCUUAUCUUAGUUGAAGGAAAAACCAUCUACAGGUUUAUUUUCCUUAUGUGGCCACAUAUAUUUGAACCAGCUCAGAUUCCAUUCUCUGUGAGCAUUUAAUCCUGCAGCCAUGAAGUUUGUUUACGGCUCGUUUUUUUGUUGUAAUCGGUUCUUUUAUAGUAACGUUUGUAUUGCCUGCUUUGCUUUCUUGGUAUGAACUGCAAAUAGGACUUCAAUACCUUGCUGGAAGCAAAUGGAGGAAAAGAACUGUAUGUUGAGGAGUGAAUAAACAACCAUUAUAACGCAAAUGUAUGUACACCACUGUGCCCCUUUAAAUCCAGCAACUUUCUAAGGCUGAUGAACCAUUGGUUCCCAUAACACUUCUGCCAGCAAAGUGCUCUGAUCAGUCAUUUUGUGAAAACUAGAGCACUAUAGGCUGUCCGGUAUCCCCCCAUAAAGAUGCAUGUAUUCAGAAUCACACAGCAGCAACACAAAUUCUUGACAUCCACUUUUUUUUUUUUUUUUUCAUCCUAAACUCUUAAGGCCCUGCUGCAACAUUUUCUUAAAAAUAAACAUUGUUGGAAGGUAAAAAUGCAAGGGCAGGGUUAAGAACCAUUCUUAUUGAUUCUCCCCCCUCCCCUUUAUUUUGAACUAGUUACCAUGAUGAAGUGAAAAGUGUUUACAAGUAAUGCAUAGACUAGUCUGUAAAGAGGUAGAUCUUUACACACAAGGCCAAAACUGCACACUGGCUAGUGAUAAUUGUGACCACCACAUUUCCAAGUAUGUUGAACUGCUGUCUUACUGCAUCUUGCUCCAUGUUUUUUUUAUGGUCUGUUUAUUGUCCUUUGUCCACAACAGUAGUGACGUUUAGGAUUGUUUAAAGCUUUAUGGGAACUAUUUUAUCAGCAUUCUUAAUGUUUCAUUGCAAUUAAAAUGUGUCUGCACCAGUAUGACUGCUUUCUAUUUUGCUCACUUUCAUAUACCAUGAGCUUGCCCAAAUUAAACAAAUACAAAGCUCCACUUUA